AUGGUCGAUACAAAGAAUACAGUUAAGCUUCAAAAUGGGAAGAACAUGCCAAUAUUUGGACUGGGUACAUCUCAGGUUUCAAAACAUGAGGCACGGUCGGCCGUCCGUGCAGCUUUAGAUGCUGGAUACCAACAAAUAGAUACGGCAUACAACUACUUGAAUGAAGAUGCCAUCGGGGAAGUUCUACAAGAAUACAUAAAAGGUGGAAAAGUAAAGCGAGAAGAUUUGUUUAUCGUUACUAAGCUCCCAAUGAUUCACAUGGAUCCAAAGUUGGUAAAGAGAUCUAUUGAGAUGAGUCUGAAGAACCUACAGUUACAAUAUGUAGAUCUGUACCUAGUCCAUCUUCCCAUACCACUAGCCUACGAUGGAAAUGAUGAAAAUGUUUUUCCAACUGAAGCGAGUGGAGCACUAAAAGUGGCAGAUAAGACCGACCUAAUAGGAACGUGGAAGGCAGUAGAAGAACUUGUGGACUUGGGUCUGACCAAAUCUAUUGGAGUUUCCAACUUCAGUAUCUCACAAUUAGAAAGGAUCUGUGAAAUAGCCAAAUACAAACCCGUCGUCAACCAAGUGGAAUGUAACAUUUAUCUACAGCAGAAGGAAAUGUUUGAUGCCUGUAAGACGCUAGGUAUAACUAUUACAGCGUACGCUCCACUUGGCUCUCCAGGAAGGAAUGAUUUGAUGAAAGAACAGGGGGAAUCUGAAGGUCUUGAAGAUCCUGUUAUACAAAGAAUAUCCCACAAAUACGGGAAAACCCCCGCGCAGAUUUUGCUACGGUUUCUGAUACAGAAAGGUACUACAGUGAUUCCAAAAAGUGUAAAUCCCGAGAGAAUCCGUGCAAGGUGA